AUGAGCACAAAUUUUGAUCCACAUUUCGGGAAACGAGAUAUUGAAACGCCAAUAACAAAUGUGGAUGCGUUCAUAAGCAUAAUCAAAUGUUCGAUUGGAACGGGUUGUCUAGAAAUGCCGAGAGCUUUUUGCAAUGCCGGUUGGUUAAACGGUUUAAUUGGGACAUUUGUAAUUGGUUUCAUAAUGGUCUAUAGCAUAAAUGUUCUGAUUAUAGCUAUGUAUGAAAUAAGUAAAGUUCAUGAUUUGCGAUUAUUAUCUUAUCCGGAGUGCAUGCGAAUUGCGUUGGAGGAGGGACCAAUAUGUCUGCGUAUGCUUUCACCUUUGGCAGAAUUUACAGUUAAUUUCUUUAUGUGUCUUUAUCAUUUUGGUGUCUGUUGCGUUUAUAUUUUAUUCAUUGCCGAUAAUCUUAAACAGUUGGGCGAUGCAUUUUAUCAGCAAUGGAGCUAUAAUUUAUAUGUUAUCGGGUUAACGGGACCUUUGGUUUCAUUAUUUAUGAUACGAAGUCUGAAAAGUUUGGUGCCAUUUUCAAUGUUAGCUAAUAUCAUGGUAAUCACAGGAUUUUCUUGUAUUUUGAUAUAUAUAUUUGAGGAUUUGCCGCCGCUAAGUGAUCGUAAAAUGUUUAACACUAUUCGUAAAUAUCCGUUAUUUUUUGGUACAGUGCUAUUCUCAAUGGAAUCGGUGGGUGUGAUAAUAGCCAUUGAACAUGAAAUGGCAAAUCCUAAGGAUUAUCUUGGUUGUACUGGUAUUUUAUCGUUGGCCUCUUUAUUUACCUUAAUCAUAUACGCUGGCUUCGGUUUUGUGGGUUAUUGGCGUUUCGGUUGCCAGGCUUAUGGCAGUAUUACCUUAAACAUGCCCUCAGAUAUGCUAAUCUCACGGCUUGCAAAAUUAUUAUUCGCAUUAGCUAUAUUUCUUACAUAUGCUUUGCAAGGCUAUGUCGUUGUCGAUGUUUUAUGGCAUUAUUAUCUUGAAGACAUGUUCGAUGAAGAAUAUCGACCAAUUUUAGAAUAUAAUACACGAUGUGCUAUAGUACUUAGCACAGUAUUAGUUGCAGUAUUCUCACCGGAUAUAUCCAUAUUUCUACCAUUGGUGGGCGCGUUUUGCUUAUCAAUUCUAUCGUUUGUAUUGCCGGGCCUUAUGGAUUUGUGCGUCAUUUAUACUAAGGGACAUCGAAUUACGAGCAGUAAAUUUUUACGGGAUAUUUUUUUAAUUAUUUUCGGAGUAAGCGGCUGUAUUGCAGGCACUUGGGAGGCAAUAAUUACUAUUAAAAAAGAUUACGGGUAUAUUAACGAAGGCAAUCAAAGUUUAUUAUACUAUUCAUAUUUUUUAUAA